AUGGCCCACUGGAGGGAUGACUACUUGGCUGCCCUGGCAGCUCGGGAUCAAAAAGAAAAGGCUCAUGUCAUCCUCUACGACGCCUAUGCCCGGCUUGCAGAUCGCACCGGCAAACUAGCAACGUCCACACCAGCUGCUGAUCUUUCUAGCGGUCACAGAGCUGGUUCAAGAAAAGCUCAGCGCAGUGUGUCAUCGUCUUUGGUGACGGCGUCCCAGAAACCCCUCCAACCCGAGACGGAGACCUCUCCGACCGAUCUUCUGAACGCCACUCGAGCCGACCUGUCUGAGGCACAGCGGUCCCGUGCAGAACUGCACGAUCGGUUGAACCAGGUCAAAGGGGAAGUGGAAAAGCUCCGCAAGAAAAAUACCCUGGAUGGCCGGCGGGUGAGUGCUUUGGAGAGCGAAAGGGUGCAGCUCAAGUUGCGCCUGAAAGAUCGGGAUGAGGAGCUGCGGGGGAAGGCUAAACUACUAGAGAUAACUGAUGCGAUCGGGAUCAAACAGGAUUUCCAAGAUGAGAUGGCAACACUAAAUCUCCAACUCAACAUGGCCGAGGAACGAUCAAGUCGGCUUCAACGGGAGAACAAGGAGCUGGUAGAUCGCUGGAUGGCAAGGAUGGGCCAGGAGGCAGAUGCCAUGAAUGAUGCCUCGAAGUUUUCUUAA